CAUUUCUCACCAUGCGUAUGAUGUAUUGUCCUUAUUAUGGCAUUGAUUAAAUUCAGACAAAAUGAAACCCAAAUUCAAAUGCAACUCCGGUGGGUCCGCCGCCCCUCAAUUCAAAACGUUCUAUAUAUACACCUCCAGCCUCCGGAGUUGAUUCUCUGUUAAUAAAACGAUUAUUAUUUCUCUCUCUCUCUCGGGUCGCCGGAGUAUAAGAUUCCGGCAGCCUAUCAUUGUUGGUAAAUAAUCAAGAUUCCGGCUAAAAACUCGCCGGAAAGUCUUGAUUGAUGGCCAAAGGUCGAAAACUAACUACUAGUCGGAGUGAACUGUAUUUAGGAAGCUUUAGCUAUAGCCACGGCCACGGAGCGGCGGCGAACGGUUCGUCGGAGCUCCGGGAAGAUGAAGUUUGGUCAAUGGUUGAUGACGAAUCGGCGGUCAACGAGGUCACUUACCCAGCUAGCUCGGAGUGGAGCACACGCGCCUCCGUGGAGAGUAACGGAAGCUUGAGCGGCAGCUAUAAGAGCCGCCGCCCAAACCCACUCACCGACCACCACCACCACCGCCGCCGCCAUGUCGGUGGCUUGUCGUUGGCCUUCGACAACUCGAGCAGCAACGCAUCCUCACCGAGAAUCGUCCACCAGUUCCGGCCGCCGGACAGCAUGGCGGAGUCUCCACGUGCCCGCCACGUGGCCAGCUCGGCGCCAGUUAAUGUGCCUGAUUGGUCGAAGAUCUACCGGGUUAACUCGGUGGAGUCGAUGCAGGACUCGGACGAUGGGAUGUAUGACGACUCGGAGGUUGUUCCACCACACGAGUACUUGGCGCGUGAGUAUGCGCGUAGCAGGAAAAUGGUGGCCAACUCGGUUUUUGAAGGGGUUGGGCGAAAACUCAAGGGCCGGGACCUGAGCCGAGUUAGGGAUACAGUGUGGAGCCAGACCGGGUUCGAUGGCUAAAAAUUACUACAUAAUUAAGAAGUUUAAUUAACUAUCUUAUUAAUCAUGGUAAAUAUUUGAAUUUUGGUACCCUUUUUUUUUUGGUUAAUUGAUUUCUUGGAUAUUGCUAAGUGCAAAUAUUUAAGUGUUUCGCCGUUCGUAAGAUUUUUUUUCUUUUUUAAAUGCAAUUUUCGACGAUGUAAUUCUCUUUAUAUAGGUCGUGUUCUGUGUAUUAUGCGAAAACUCAAGUGUAAAAUUAUAGUAGUUCUUUCGAUAAAAUUCUGAGAUUAU